UUUAUUACAUCAGUUUUGGACGCUGCAUCGAGUCAAAGCGCAAGCAGUUCCUCCACCGUGAAACCAGGCCCGUUCGCGUGGUUUCUGACGCCUCUGACGCAAAACCUUCAAUUCUCUCCGCAAUCAUUCUUGCGGGAUCGCAUCGUCCAAUUGAAGGAGACGCUGAACAAUCUGGGCGUGCAAUCGCGCGAGGAUACAAAGGGCAAGCAACUAUCCAGCGCGAACGGAUUGCUUCAGAUUGCUGGGGCGGGCGACUCGGGAUUUUACACGAACAGGCUGGAGCCAGCCGGGUUUUUCGGCGGGAAUGGCUGGCUCGCGAACAAGGGCGGAAUCCUCGGUGGCCCCGGGGCGAUUCUCUCGACAGGCAGCAUUCUCACGGAUUACCCUACGCCGUACAGGAGGAAGUAG